AUGGAGACUCCCUUCCACUUGACCUCUGUUUUACUACAACUCUUGAUCAGCGGCCUUUCACUUGGAUCGUCCCCGACUACGUCAAAUCUAGCUGACGAGUUUGGCGAUUCCGUUUUAUACCAACAUGGCAGUAUCUUGUCACCCCUUCUGAAGGCGCUGACCGCACAGGGAGAUCCUUGGCGAUCCACCCCAGUAAUGAGACCCGAGUCGAGAUAUGUUCGAUACAUGAAACGACUGUACAGGAUAUCUUCAAGACACGAGAGGAGUUCGGAAGGGAACAACCACUUGUACAACACAGUUCGACUUAUAACACCGCGGGAUGAGUGCCUGGAGCAAAGCAAAGAGUUCUUCAUGCAAGACCUCUCCUACAAUUUGGGCCGUGUCAGAGCCAAGGAGCAGCUCCUGAAAUCUGUCCUGCUAUACUCCUUCGACCGAGAGCAGGCCAUGUUCAUGACUAACCAAUGUUACCAAGAUGUGAAAGAGCAGGAUACCCACAAUCAGUGUCCUCUCUGCCCAAGCACCCAUCACUCGGUUAACUUCCUGUUCCACACGGACCGCAGGAGGAAGUGGGUUGAGGUGGACAUCACAGCUUUCCUCCGCCCUCUCAUCCAGUCCCACAAGAAGGACAUUCACCUACUGCUCAACCUGACCUGUGUGGAGGGCAGAGGCAGGGAGGCUAAGGCUGGAGGAGAGGAGUGGAGCGCUAGGAGCCCCAUGGAGCUCCACCUAAGGUCUCCGUCCUUGCUGCUGUACCUCAACGACACCAGCGAGCUGGCUCACCAAAGAUGGCUGCCCACCACGUCACAAGGUCAUCCGAGGUCUGCCAAUGAGGUGGACACCUUAGCGAGCCUGGCGGAGUUCAAACCAGAGCAAAGGAUCAUCCGGAGCGAGAGGAGGCGGCUGAGGAGAGAAUCUCCAUAUCUGUCGACGAACAACGCCGGAGACCAAACGAGCACGAAGACCUUCCUCCCGGACCUCCUCCCGAGUUCUGACUUCCCUACGAGCGACUGUGCCUUGUACGACUUCAGAGUGAGCUUCAGUGAGCUCAAACUGAGCCAUUGGAUCAUUUUCCCCCACAGGUACAACCCAAGGUACUGUAAAGGCACCUGUCCCAGGGCUGUGGGGUUCAUCUACGGCUCCCCCAGACACACCUUCUUCCAGAACAUGAUCUACCACAAACUGGACUCUUCUGUGCCAAGACCUUCCUGUGUUCCUUCAGAGUACAACCCCCUGAGUGUUUUAACCCUUGAAGCUGACUCCCUCGCCUACAAGGAGUUAGAUGAAAUGAUCGCUACGAGGUGCACAUGUCGCUAAAGUCCCACCUCCAGGGUCGGGCUCAAUUCCAUUUCAAUCUAAAUUGAAGUUCCAAUUGUUCUAAAUACUUUUCAA